GUGGGCGGGGCUUGGUUUGAAGGUUCUGUGAGGAGGGUCCCGAGUUUUGCUCAGGCUCUCCUGGUUGGCUGGCUGUGUGUGGGCGGGGCUUGGUUUGAAGGUUCUGUGAGGAGUUUCCCGCGCUUUGCUCAGUCUAUGCUGGUCGCGGAGAGAGAGGUUGGCAGACUGUGUUUUCCCGCGCUUUAUUCCGUCACCUCAGACAUGAACUUCAUCAACCUGCCCGCCACCAGCCCGAGCUCCCCCAGCAAGAUCCGGGGACAGAUCCAGGUGAUAUUUGGACCAAUGUUUUCUGGUAAAAGCACAGAGCUAAUGCGCAGAGUCCGUCGAUUUCAGAUUGCUCAGUACAAAUGCAUGGUGAUCAAAUACGCAAAGGACACACGUUACAGCAAAGAGCAUCUUUCCACACAUGACAAAAACACAAUGGCAGCAGUUUCUGCAUGCAUCCUGCAAGAUGUUUCUAAGGAAGCGCUGACCUGCAGCGUGAUUGGAAUUGAUGAAGGGCAAUUUUUCCCUGACAUUGUAGACUUCUGUGAAGAAAUGGCCAAUCAGGGGAAAACUGUGAUCGUGGCUGCCCUGGAUGGCACAUUCCAGAGGAAGGCGUUUGGUGAUAUUCUGAAUUUGGUACCAUUAGCAGAGAGUGUGGUGAAGCUGAAUGCAGUCUGCAUGGAGUGUUAUCGGGAGGCUGCUUACACCCAAAGAUUAGGAACAGAGAAAGAGGUGGAGGUCAUUGGAGGGGCUGAUAAAUACCACUCGGUCUGCCGACAAUGUUAUUUCCAAAAGCAGACCUCAAGUGGAGGCAAAGAAAACAAUCAACUUCUAAAUGUUCUGGACACUACCCCCUAUAACAAUAUUUUAAAAAGAAAAUCCCAGCGGACACCACUGGGCACGCUACCACACUCACAGAACAUGGUAUCCUGACCCAAUUGUACGGUCUCUGCUACGCCUGUACCUGCUUUAUUCCACGUGUAUCAUACUGCAACUUCCCAAGUUGUAUUGGGCUACAGCUCCCAUAAUAACAAUCACUGUAUAUUGAACCACCUGUAGGGAACCUGCAGCCAAACAUGGUCAUUGGGGUUGGAGAAACAAAAUCUGAUGGGAAUAUUUAAUAAUGUGCUUUUUAAUAAACUUUUUAUUGUAAAAUUU